CUAUUGGCUGACAACUGACUAAUGCUCUGUUGUUCAGUACAAAUUGAAGGAGACCAGCCCGACAAUAAAUUACAGACAGAUUAUCAAACAUUUGGGCCAAAUAGUCACAUUAUCUCCGAUACCAAUCAAUAUUUGUGCCGGUUGAAUGCGGAAAGCCCCGGGCGUGUGGAGGUUUGUUUUGUAGUCAACCAUGCUAGCAUUGCUAGCUAAUUAGCCAGCGUCUCGUCGCCUCCUCUUCAUCUUCAUGGGUUUCUGCUGUUGAGUCUGCCAGGCUUGUGCUGGAGGCAGUGAGGCUAACAAAUUAAUGCCAUCAGCCAGGAACUCAGGUCAUAUUAUGAGCGGGGUGAGUUGCAAAGCUAACGGCGCCGUGUACCCUGCCUCAUCGGCGAUGAUGAACUCUGUGAAGAAGCCGAAGAUGGAGCAGAUUCAGGCCGACCAUGAGCUGUUCCUGCAGGCCUUUGAAAAGCCUACUCAAAUCUACAGAUUUCUCCGCACAAGGAACUUGAUUGCACCCAUAUUCUUGCACAGGACGCUCACCUUCAUGUCUCACAGAAACGCCCGAGCAAACAAUAGAAGGAAAUCAUUUAAAGUGGAUGACAUGUUGCAGACUGUGGAGAAGAUGAAAGGAGAGCAGGAAUCUCCAAGCUUGUCUUCACAUCUACAACUAACAUUCACUGGGUUCUUCCAUAAGGACGAAAAGCCAUCUCCGAAUUCAGAAAAUGAACAAAAUUCCGUAUCAUUAGAGGUGCUACUUGUCAAAGUCUGCCAUAAAAAACGCAAGGAUGUCAGCUGUCCAAUUAAGCAAGUGCCUACAGGUAAAAAGCAGGUGCCUUUGAACCCUGACACUAACCAAACCAAGUCCGGCUCCUUCCCCUCCUUACUGGUCUCCAGCAAUGAGUUUGAGCCGAGCAACAGUCACAUGGUGAAGUCCUAUUCGCUCCUGUUCAGGGUGUCGCGCACAGGGAGGAGGAAUACCAACGGUCUAGUCAACGGGGAAGCCAAUGAGAAUAUCGAUGUAACAGAUACUCCGAGUAGAAAGAAGAGAAGCUCAUCUCAUAGGGAGGAAGGAGAGACCACAGAGACAUAUGUUGCACAAAUGACUGUCUUUGAUAAGAACAGAAGAUUGCAGCUGCUGGAUGGAGAGUAUGAGGUGUCAAUGCAAGGAAUGGAGGACAGUCCUGUGAGCAAGAAGCGUGCUACAUGGGAAACUAUUCUUGACGGAAAGAGACUGCCACCAUUUGAGACAUUUUCUCAGGGACCCACAUUGCAGUUCACACUGCGUUGGACUGGGGAUGCCAGUGGGAAGUCCACUGCCCCCGUGGCCAAACCCCUCGCUACCCGUAACUCGGACAGCUCCACUCCUAUGGAGACCAGGACCAGCAACCACCGAGCUGCCCUCAUGACAGUGAAAGAGUCAGUCAGCACAGACAUUCAGACGAGGAAAGAGCAGGUCCCGUGUGAGCCGCGGCAGAAGCUACGUAUAUUUUAUCAGUUCCUGUACAACAAUAACACAAGGCAGCAGACAGAAGCAAGAGAUGAUCUUCACUGUCCCUGGUGUACCCUGAACUGUAGCAAGCUCUACAGUCUGCUGAAACACCUCAAACUCUCCCACUCCCGCUUUAUCUUCAACUACGUGCCUCACCCCAAAGGAGCAAGGAUAGACGUGUCUAUCAAUGAGUGCUAUGAUGGUUCGUAUGUUGGCAACCCUCAGGACAUCCACAGUCAGCCCGGCUUUGCUUUUAGCCGAAAUGGUCCCGUCAAGAGGACUGCAGUAACUCACAUACUGGUUUGCAGGCCUAAGAGGACCAAACCAAGCUUGUCAGAGUUCCUGGAGUCUGAGGAUGGAGAGCUGGAGCAACAGAGGACCUAUGUCAGUGGACACAACCGCCUCUACUUCCACAGUGACAGUUGCAUGCCCCUCCGGCCUCAGGAGAUGGAUGUGGACAGUGAGGAUGAAAGAGAUCCAGAAUGGCUCAGAGAGAAAACUGCCACGCAACUGGAUGAGUUCACAGAUGUCAAUGAGGGAGAGAAAGAGGUGAUGAAGCUGUGGAAUCUGCACGUUAUGAAGCACGGCUUCAUAGCAGAUAACCAGAUGAAUCAGGCCAUCAUGCUUUUCGUGGAGGACUGUGGUGCUCACAUCGUCCGCCGCAACCUCUGUCGCAACUUUCUUCUGCAUCUAGUGAGCAUGCACGACUUCAACCUGGUGAGCACGGCCACCAUCGACCGUGCCAUGGUCCACCUGAGACAGAUACAAGAAGAACUACAAGACACUGAGGAGGUGCACCAGGACCAGAUUCUGGCAGCAGCAGGCGCCUGCAACGGCAACGUUGUCUCCUCCAGUGGAGGGAAGCAGGGCAAGAGGACAAAAAGCGCAUUGACUGACUGACAUAAGAUGGACGGAACCAUGAUUUGGUUUUUGUUUGUUUUUUUUCUCCGUUUUCAAUGAACAAUACCGACCCUUUGGUGCUUAGAUAGGAGGAAGAACUUGUCAGCAGUGGAUCUGACCUGAAGCAGACCAGUAUACAAGGUAAACAAGUUUUUGGCACUUGGGAACUGAACCAAAUAUGAACAAUAUGAAAAUUAAUCACCCACAUUCACACAAAGCAGGAUUCAAAGGACGAGUUGAGACCUACUUAAUAUGCAUUUUGUAGGAGCCAUUGAAAUAUCAGUCUUUGAGCGAUAGUGAACUGAAAAUCUCAUGUGGCAUGACUGCCCUUGGUAUGUUCUUGUAAUGGACAACUGUAUUAAGGCUACAGUUAAAACUGUACUGGUAUCAUUGUCACACUUGUUUAUUUGUACACAUACACAGUAACCUUGUUGAAACUUAUCCUUUUUAGCUGAUUAUUUUAGCACUUGGUGUUUGUAUGUAGAAAACUUACCUUGAAUUUCUUUCUUUUUGUUUUUGUUCUUUGUGCUGCACCAAAUGUUAAAUGCAGCAUAUCCACUAGCACCAGUGGAAAAUCUUUGGUGGGUGAUUUUCACUUAUGUGAAGGACAUUUAAUUUGAGGAAUCAUACAGUUAGGAGAUUUAUACAGUAAAACUUUCACUUGGCAUCAAUUACUAGAGAAUAUAAAGUGUGUCUAGCUUGUGUGAGAACCCCAAAAUUGAUUACGGGUUUUGCUGGUUGGUUGCCAUGAUGAUUGUGUUUUACUGCAAGCUUGGAUCCUGGACUAUAGAAGAAAUAAUGAUUGGGGUCCAGGCUAAAACUUUGACUUCAUCACCCCUAAGCCUUUUGGCCUGCAUUGACAAUAGCUCAAGGAAAGCCAGGGAAAUAAACUUUUUAGGUCUUUUUUUUUUUCUUUUUUCCUAAGAUCAACCAGCAGAACAUCAUCCCUUGUAAUAUCUAAACCGCAUUACACUGAUAAAAGUCAACAGAUUGAUGCUGUUGAUCAUUUUAAGGUCUGGACAUAAAAUGUGUUUUUUAUUUUAUUUUUUUAAUGUGGGUUCUAAGUAUCCAUAGCUGAUUGACAGGAAUGUGUAUCCUUUGUAAUCAUAAUCAAUGUUUAGCUGAGCCCUUUUUUCAGUCCAAUAAUGAACAGAUUGCAAGUCCUCUGUUAAAGCAAUAUGCUGUUUAUUGAAUAGGUGACUUUUCAGGUUCAACUCAGUUGUCUGUCCCGUUAGGUGCAGUUUAUGCCAAAGGGAUUUCUUUUCAUCGGUCUUUUAGUUCAGUAUGUCCUUGCGUCUUUUCUUUCAUUCCAUAACACAAUUUUUAAAGGCUGUAGUUGUGUUUUGUAGUGUGCAUACAAUUGGUGAUCACCACGCAUCAUUGCAUCGGACUUCCCUUGUGAACAACCAAACUGACAAUAUAUUUUUGGCCUUUGUGGAGGGUUACUCUUUUCACCCGGAAAAAGGGAGACUUGGUCAUCAUUGUUGUACACCCUGUUAAAAGUUGUAAACUGUACACUCUGGCUAAGGGGAUUUUUAUAUUUAAAGAAUAAAAUACAUUUGACCUAUUUCA